AUGGAACUGCAGGAGAUGUUCCGCUACGGUUACAUGUUCCCGCCGCGCGAAGACGAGGCCGUAUCCUGCAUGUACCUGGACCUGCCCAGCUACGCGUACUCGAAGAACAAAGCGGAUCUGCCGCCGGUGAGCAGCAUCACGGUGCCCAAGUGUGUCGUCUAUGACAGCAACUGCAGCGACGGUUGGCACACGCCUAGCCCAACCGCCAGCCUGCGAUCGGUCAGCCCAGCCACCACCCUGUCGAUAUCUUCGGAACCCGACACGAUCAGCGCCCCGGUGACCUAUCGUCUUCUGGGUUCCAUGGAGGUGUUGAACGAUAGGUACGCCGCGAAGAGGAGUCCCUCGACGGUGGGCGUCGAGACCCAACGCGCUGCGAACACGGUGGACCUAGCCGAAGAGGUAAACAGCUUGGACGCCGAUACGGACGGGACCGUCGACCCCGAACCCGACACGGACCACGAGAAGGCCCAAUCGAGGCGCGACAGUGUCAUCAGCAACUCCAGCAGCUUCUCCGACAGGAUCGCUGACGCUGACAGCGAGGACGACCUAGAGAUGAGCGACGAUCACGCGCGGUCCGGACUAGACAGCGUCGAGGAUCACAGGGAUUCCGUCAGGAGGAGGGGAAAGUACGUGAGCUCGACGAUCGUGAGGAAACGCAGACUGGCUGCGAAUGCCAGGGAACGCAGAAGGAUGCAGAAUCUGAAUAAAGCGUUCGAUAGACUCAGAGCCUAUUUGCCCUCUUUGGGAAACGAUCGACAGUUGUCCAAGUACGAGACCCUUCAGAUGGCACAGUCGUACAUCACGGCUCUCUACGACCUGCUGCAAUGA